AUGCCUACAUCAAAUGGUGGUCAAGUUGAAUAUGGCCCGGCGCUUGUUCAAAACCCCGACCAUACUCCCGAGCAGAAAAGUGCCAACGAAACAACAUACGCGUCUCCUCCAAGAGGUGAGAAUACUCCGGCCGCCUGGGGAGUUGGAUGGCAGUGUCCCACCCUGAUGGUUGUGUCUGUUGUUUGUGGUGCGAUGAUCUCGGUGGGCCAUCACUUCUACUACCGCAGCCUCGACAACACCCUCGUCAACUCGGUCGACCAGCAAACGUGGGCAAUUCGAAUUGGAACUGGCUUUGCCUUUUUGAACAAAACGUUCUUGGCGUCCGCUGUUGGGAUCGCAGCGGCGCAAGAGAUAUGGGCCACUCUCCGCCGGAAGUCUGUGAAGCUGAGCGCGAUUGAUGGCAUGUUUGACAUCCUUACCAACCCAAUUUCUUUUCUCAUCCCCGACCUAUGGAUGUACGCGAAAACCCUUACUCUACUGGCAAUUAUCUCAUGGCUUAUCCCACUAGCGGCUGUUGUUACACCUGCUACCUUAUCCAUCCGUCUCCUGCCAACCAGCAAUAUCACCCAGCUGCGUGUUCCGACUGUGAACUUUACUGACUCCUUCUGGCGUCCUUGGGUAACGUGGGAAGGGGCAGGGUCUAUUGGGUCGCCCUCACCCGACAUCAGCCGGAUGUUUACAGCUACUUCCUCAUCUGCCGAAAUACUCCCAGUCCCUGCACCUUUCCCUAACUCAUCCUAUACCCUGGAGUUUUGGGGCCCUUCAUACAAGUGCCAGAGAUUGAGUGAAGCUAUCGUGGAGAUGCAAGGCAUGAAUUUUACUGAUCACCUGGAUAUGGAUGCUCAGUACAGUUCCUUGCAGAAACUGUGGGAACAUGAGAUUGGAAACUCAACCAACCUGACUCGCGUGGUGUACUCAGGUGCUGCUCCUAGUGCCCUUAACAACACCCUUUUCGUGUACGCCGCAGGUGCGAACCCCCUAUGGAACGACAACGCCACACAGCCGACCGAGCUCGUCUGUCAGCUCUGGAAUACCUCCUACGUGGUAGCCCUGAAUUUUACCAACGGUAUCAGGACUCUGAUACCCGUAUCAACGGAGCUCGUGGCUCCCGCCAAUUGGAGCUCAAAUGCUGGCUCGCACAUUACAAUCCAGAAGCAAGAACCAACAGUUAAUGGAGGUUACUACGUGACGAACAUGUUAUUCUCUGGACUUAUACAGCGUACCCUCGUUCUCAGCGCUUCCGGAGAACUGGGAAACUUUUUGCCUUCCGGCCUGCCAUUCACCACAAUGUCAAUAAUGCAAACCGGCCUUUUCGCAUGCCCAGAGCUGUGGAAUAGUAGUUAUUACCAAGGUCUGGGUAUUGAAGGUGACCGAUCAACUGCUUUUUGCCGGAAUAAAACGCUAGCCCGAGCACUAGAAGAUCUCUCGCACAACUUCACCUACAGCCUCCUCAGUCUCAACGCCGCGAACACCAGUGUACCAGUGAUGAGCUCCUCACCCCAGAAUUUCUACACGUACGACAGUAGAAAUUUGCUUGCGGUUUAUAUGGCUGCGCUGGGUGUCACUGUUGCAUGCGUUGCCAUUGGAUUCCUUGCGCUGCGCGAGAAUGGCGUUUCCCAGAACGUCUCCUUUUCCAGCAUGCUGCUGACGACGAGAAAUCCCGAGUUGGACCAUUUGGCCAACGGAAACUGUCUAGGGUCCUUCGAGUUGGAAAAGGAGAUUGGUGAGACCAAAUUGCGAUUUGGGGAGAUUGAGGGCUCUGAGCAGUAUAAGCGUGCGGCUUUUGGAACUAAAGGCUCAGUCACUGCUCUAUCUAAGGGAAAAGCCUAUUACUAG